GUCGUGGCGAGCGUGGACGUGAUGGUGGCCGGUGCCGAAACAGCUCAGUAGUGACGAUUCUGCGAGCGUGGUAGAGAUAGGGAUUCGGGUUUGUGCUCCAUUUCAUCCUCUUCCCUGGCUGGUCUUCUUCCCUACCACCAAAAUGUCAGGCUGCAUAGAAAUACCGCUGCGGGACAGUGACGAGGUGAUUGAGUUAGACUUGAGUCAGCUUCCUGAAGGAGAGGAAGUGCUGGGGAUUCUCACUAAUGAGAAAGUUCCCCUUAACUACUGGGUGGACCUUGCUGUCGAAUACUACAAACAGAAAAAAGAAGAUGACUUUGUACGCAUCCUGGAGGCAAGCCGCACUGAUGCCAACUCAAUUUACAGGGACUCUGAGAAGGAUCAGAUGCGGUCUUUUGACACUCUGGCUGCAUACUAUGUUCAGAAAGCUAAUAAGGAAAAGGACAAAACUGUUAAAAAGGACCUCUUCCAAAAAGCAACAUACUUGUACACCACUGCUGACAAGAUUAUCAUGUAUGACCAGAACCAUCUCCUGGGUCGUGCAUACUUCUGCCUCCUGGAAGGGGACAAGAUGGAACAGGCAGAUGCACAGUUUAACUUUGUGCUGAACCAGUCUGCCAACAACAUACCAUCACUGCUGGGAAAGGCUUGCAUUGCUUUUAACAAGAAGGAUUAUCGUGGUGCUCUGGCAUUUUACAAAAAAGCCUUGCGAACCAAUCCUAACUGCCCUGCUGCUGUUCGGCUGGGAAUGGGCCAUUGUUUCAUGAAGCUUGGUAACCAAGAGAAAGCUCGCCUGGCCUUUGAGCGAGCACUGGAACUGGAUAGCAUGUGUGUGGGUGCUCUUGUAGGACUGGCUGUACUGGAGCUCAAUGAGAAAAAGCCUGAGAAUAUCCGUCGGGGAGUGCAGAUGUUGUCUAAAGCAUACAACAUUGACUCAACAAACCCCAUGGUGCUAAAUCAUUUGGGCAACCACUUCUUCUUCAAGCAAGACUUCCAAAAAGUGCAGCAUCUUGGGCUCCAUGCCUUCCACAAUACUGAGAAUGAGUCAAUGAGAGCUGAGUCUUGCUACCAGAUGGCUCGAGCUUUCCAUGUGCAGGAAGAUUACUCCCAAGCAUUCCAGUAUUACUACCAGGCCACCCAGUAUGCUGCCCCUAAUUUUGUUCUCCCUCACUAUGGACUGGGACAGAUGUAUAUAAAUAGAGGAGACACUGAAAAUGCAGCACAGUGCUUUGAGAAAGUACUAAAAGCACAACCAGGAAACUAUGAGACCAUGAAGAUUCUUGGCUCCCUGUAUGCUAGUUCCACUUCACAGAGCAAGAGAGAUCUCGCCAAGCAGCAUCUUAAAAAGGUGACUGAGCAAUACAGUGAAGAUGUGGAGGCCUGGAUUGAGCUUGCCCAGAUCUUGGAGGGGAGUGAUCUGCAGGGCUCCCUCUCUGCAUACCAUAAAGCCACCAAGCUUUUGCAGGAUCUUGUGCAAAUGGACAUCCCUCCAGAGAUUCUCAAUAACAUAGCUGCUCUUCAUUUUAGGUUGGGAAACUAUGAGGAGGCCCACAAGUAUUUCCAGGAGGCAUGGGACCGGUGUGAGUCUGAGAAGGAGCAGGACCUCCAGUACUACUCAGCCAUCUCAGUUACUAUUAAAUACAACACUGCCCGCUUGCAUGAGAUGUUCUGUCAGUAUGACAAGGCUGAGAAGCUCUACAAGGAAAUCCUUCAAGACCACCCCAAUUAUGUUGAUUGUUACCUUCGCCUUGGAUGCAUGGCAAGGGACAGAGGACAGAUCUAUGAUGCAUCAGAUUGGUACAAGGAAGCUUUGCGUAUGAACAAUGAACACCCAGAUGCCUGGUCACUCAUGGGAAAUCUCCAUCUGGCUAAGAAUGAGUGGGGUCCAGGUCAGAAGAAGUUUGAGAGAAUUCUUAAGAAUCCCAGCACCACAAAUGACUCUUACUCCCUCAUUGCCUUGGGGAACGUUUGGCUGACGACGCUCCACCAGCCCCACCGGGACAAGGAGAAGGAAAGCAAGCACCAGGACCGUGCGCUUGCCAUGUACAAGACAGUGCUGAGGGGAGACCCAAGGAGCAUAUGGGCAGCUAAUGGCAUAGGUGCUGUGUUGGCUCACAAAGGCUACAUCAAUGAGGCAAGAGACAUCUUUGCUCAGGUGCGAGAAGCAACUGCUGACUUCAGUGAUGUGUGGAUGAAUAUUGCUCAUAUUUAUGUUGAGCAGAAGCAGUACAUCAAUGCCAUUCAGAUGUAUGAGAACUGCCAGAAAAAAUUCUUUAAAUAUCCAAAUGUUGAAGUUCUUGGAUACCUUGCACGUGCAUACUUUAAGGCUGCCAAGCUGAAGGAGGCUAAAUACACACUUCUGAAGGCACGGCAUGUGGCUCCACAUGACACAGUGAUUCUGUACAACUUGGCCCUUGUGCUGCAGCGCCUUGCCAUGCAGGUGCUAAGGGAUGAGAAGUCACUGUUAAAGACAGUGCUUGCUGCUGUGCAUGAGCUGACUUUGGCCCAAAAGUACUUCCAGCACCUUAGUGUCAAUGGUGACCGACUAAAAUAUGACCUUGGAGCAGCAGCAGCAGAGGCCAACCAGUGCCGAGACCUGCUGUCCCAGGCUCAGUACCACGUGGUGCGUGCCCGCAAGCAGGAUGAUGAGGAGAAGGCCUUGCGCCGUAAGCAGGAUGAAGAACGACAAGCGCUUAAGCAGAAGGUGGUGGAGGAACAACUUAAGAAGGAGGAGAGAAGGAAACAAAUUAUGGAGGAGAAGAUGAAAGCUCGUGAAGAGUACAAGGAGAAGAUGAAGAAUGCAGUCAUCAUAACUGAGCCUGCUGAGCCUACACGUCGGGGAGGAGGCCGAGGCAGGAAGAGGGAAAUGGAGAUCUUGUCUGAUGGUUCAGGUGCUGGCAGUGGAAAUGAAGGAGGGGAACCCAGGAUGAAGAAAGCAAAGGGUCGCAAGAAGAAGGAGAACACUGGGCGGAAGCGGUCCAGGAAGGGCAAAGGUGGUGGCCAGAGUGAUGAGGACGAAGAAGGUGGAGGACGUGGCCGGAAGCGUGGAGGCAAAGGCCGCAGGAAGUCUGAGGAGGGUCUCUCGGCCAAACAGAAGGGCCGCAUUGUCUCCAAGGCUACCAUCUCCGACUCCUCUGACGACUCUGAUGAUGAGCGGCUCAAGAUUGCCAGUGGAUCAGACAGUGACCGUGGCGGUAGUGGGAAGGGCAAGCGACGGAGGGUCAUGUCUGACUCUGGUUCUGAUAGGUCAAGAUCACGAUCAAGGUCGAGAUCAAGGUCCCGAUCAAGGUCGAGGUCAGGUUCCAGAUCAGGAUCCUCAAGGUCAAGGUCGAGGUCAAGAUCAGGCUCCAGGUCACACAGUCGCAGCAGGUCAAGGAAGAGCAAGUCAAGGUCAAGGUCAAGGUCAAGGAGCGGGUCAAGAUCUGCUUCCAGGUCAAGAUCGAGGUCACCAGCCAAUUCUAGAGCAGGGUCAGCCAGAUCCAGAUCUGGCUCACCAAGAUCCAGGUCCAGGUCAAAGUCCAGCUCAAGGUCACCAGCACAAUCCAGGUCAAGGUCGAGGUCUCCCCAUUCAAGGUCUGGAUCUCGGUCCCCUGCCAGAUCGAGAUCAGGGUCCCGGUCUCCUGCCAGGUCAAGGUCAGGAUCCAGGUCCCCUCCCAGGUCGAGAUCUGGAUCCAGGUCACCUGCCAGGUCACGGUCUGGAUCUCGGUCCCCUCCCAGGUCGAGAUCUGGGUCACCGUCACCCACUUGCUCCAGGUCAGGUUCCCCCAAACAGUCUGUGUCACCAGCCAAGUCACAGUCUGACUCUGAGGUCGGUGAUGGGAGUGACAGUGAGUAAUGGAUGGCGACCUGCCUGUGUGUGGCCUUGCCCUGUGCUUAAUCCAAAUAUUUAUAUUGUCAGCUGGAAGGAAAGGUUAUGUUUUUGGGGUUUGGUUGGACUGUGUUGAAAAGGUAUGUCUCUUUUGAUAUCAGAAAUUUAUAUGAAGUGAUGUUUAUCAUGAAGGAUCUGUUCUAUUACUGCCUCCUCAGUUCCUUGUGGUUGCUAUUCAAGUCAGGCAAAUCAAAUUUAAUGGAGCAAUAGGUUAUUUGUGUAAUUAUGUGGCAUUUAUAUUGUUUGCUGCCUGUGAUUUUUUAUUUUUUAUUUUUUUUAAUUUUCUUUUAUUUUUAAUGGUAUGUUUAAAUUCUCAAAUUCUGAGCAAGGUAUAUUUAGCAUUGUCAUAGUUGGAAGCCUCCUGCAGUAGAAGAGAUGGCACCCAUGCUGUUAAUUUCCAGGGACUCACCAUCUGUGGAAAUGUAGAAAGCAAUGAAGGUUUGUGCUUCAUGUGAGACUGGUGUAGCCAUGGACGUGCUAGACAUGGCUAACAUUGUGUCAAGAUUAGGGAACUUAAAUAUCAGUUUUUCAUGUCACUAUCAAAUAAAAUGUAAUUCAUAUUGAUUUUAGUUUUGAAUGUAGAGGUUAUAUAUAACAAUUAUAUAAAGAAAUGAUUUUUUCAUUCAAUAAAAUGUGUAUGAAUUAAUGAAGGA